AUGAUGAUGAAGUUUAAGUCAAAGAGGUUUUGUAGAAGCAUAUCAAAGCUUGGAAAUAUUGGAAACAAAGUAGUAGCAACAUCUCCAAUCGAAAUUGAAAAGGAGCAUAGUGAAAUCAAAUGGGAACUUAGGCCUGGUGGCAUGCUUGUACAAAAUAGAGAGAGCAAUAAAAGUGAUGAGGAGUUGAUUACAAUUAGAGUUUCCACAAUGUCAAAGUGGCAUGAUAUUUCCAUUGAAGCCACUUCAACUUUUGGAGAUUUGAAGAUGGCUUUGACAUUGGUAACAAGUUUGGAGCCAAAAGAACAAAGGCUUAUCUACAAAGGUAAAGAGAGAGAUGACAAUGAAUUUCUUCACAUGAUUGGUGUUAGGGACAAAGAUAAAGUUCUUCUUCUUGAAGAUCCGGCUAUUAAGGAAAUGAAACUAUUUGGUUUGGCAAGAGGAGAAUCUAUUCACAAUCCUAGUUGUACAAUAAGUGUGUAA